AUGAGCUCGUACGCCAACAGCAGGAAGUGUUCGACUUGCGCCCGCCGUGGUCAGGUCUGCGAGCGUAGUUUCCAUUCCGACAAAGAGUGGGAGGAUCUCCAGCGUGAAGAGAAGAGGCUGGCCCAAGAGCUCGAAGAGGCUCAAAAACAAUUUCUUCAACAUUCUCAAAAAAUGAACGAAGCGAUGGCGAAGGUGCUUCGUCUGCAAAAACAUCAACAAUUCUUGAAAGAUCGUGGUGGUCGGAUGUUGGAUCACGACCAAGCGGUUGCCGACCGUCUCAACGAAGAUGAUCCUUCAUCCGCUUGUUACGCGGUGCCUGCUGGUCACUGUGAGUAG